AUGGAUAUUUUUAGGGUUUUAACUCGAGGUGCUUCUGUGAAAAAACAAGGCAAGGAAGUUGAUCAUUCACAUUUCCAUGACAAGCAAGUUGGUCAGCUGAAGAAGGCGGACGAUGAGACCCAAUUGACGAAAGAACUAGACUUCUUCCGGAAUAAGAGGAUCUUGAAUGCUGUGGAGUCCAAGAAGAGAGAUGUGAGUUUUCAUCUUGAUGAGGUGGAAGUUAAUUUAGAAUCCAGUUCACCUCCUCAAAAAAUCAGUAGCGCAGAGGAUGCAGCUAAGUUGAGAAAAUGCUAUAAAGGGAAUGUAUCAGGACCAGAUAUUCCGCUGCCUAUUGGAUCGUUCGAAGAUUUAAUUACUAGAUUUGAGCUUGAUAAGCGUUUGUUGAACAAUAUGAUUCAGAAUUACUUUACCAAUCCGACUCCAAUUCAAUGUGAGGCUAUUUCUAUGUGUCUGAAUGAGAGAGAUAUUAUAGCUUGCGCUCCAACUGGUUCAGGGAAAACGUUGGCAUUUUUGAUACCAUUGAUACAGCAGGUUAUUAGCGCAGGGGAAGUGGAUUCUGGGGUCAAAGGUCUAAUUAUUUCACCGACCAAGGAAUUAGCUAGUCAGAUUUUUACUGAAUGUUCCAAAUUAUCUCAUAGAAUAUUUCUAGAGAAGCGUCGUCCACUUAAUGUUGCAUUGCUUUCAAAGUCUUUGAGUGGGAAGUUGAAGAACAAGGUUGUCAGCGAUAAGAAGUACGACAUCAUUGUGUCCACGCCCUUAAGACUUAUUGAUCUUGUGAAAGAGAGAGCUCUUGACUUGAGCUGUGUCAAGCAUCUAAUUUUUGAUGAGGCAGACAAGUUAUUUGACAAGACCUUUUUGGAGCAGACUGAUGACAUCUUGAGUUCGUGUAGCAACAACAAACUACAAAAAUCGAUGUUCUCUGCUACUAUUCCCUCCCAUGUCGAAGAAAUAGCACAGUCGAUCAUGAUGGAUCCAAUUAGAAUCAUUAUUGGUCACAAAGAAGCUGCAAACACUAAUAUAGAACAAAAGUUGGUCUUCUGUGGCAAUGAGGAGGGGAAACUAAUUGCAAUCAGACAGCUAAUAAUGGAGGGAGAGUUUCGCCCUCCAGUUAUUAUUUUCCUAGAAUCCAUCACAAGAGCUAAAGCAUUAUUCCAUGAGCUCGUAUACGAUAAGUUGAAUGUUGAUGUCAUUCACGCUGAAAGGACACAGAUGCAAAGAGAUAAGAUAAUUGAAAGAUUCAAAUCUGGUGAUUUGUGGUGCUUAAUUUGUACAGAUGUUUUGGCCCGUGGUGUUGACUUUAAAGGUGUUAACCUUGUUAUAAACUACGACAUCCCAAGAUCCGCACAAGCAUAUGUCCACAGGAUCGGUAGAACUGGUAGAGGUGGAAUGAAGGGUAAAGCCGUCACCCUCUAUACUAAACAAGAUGCGAUCGCAAUCAAGCCGAUAGUGAAUGUGAUGAAGCAAAGUGGGUGUGAUGUCGUUGAAUGGUUGGAUAAAGCUUCCAGAAUGAGCAAGAAGGAAAAGAAUAUGAUUAAGAAGGGUAGUGCUUUUAGUAACAGAAAGCAAAUUAGUACUGUUCCAAAAAUUAUAAAGCAGAAGAAAAGACAAAAAGUAGAAAUGGUUAAUGCCUCUAAAAGGAGAAAAGCCCAAUCGACCAGUCUAAAAGAUUCAGAAAACAGCAAUGAAACAACAAGUGCCCAAAGCUCUUGA